CUGUUUCUAGCCAACGAAAUGAAACGAGGGGAGUUCUGCCUUUGGGCCUCGUCCUUCCUUCGUUCAGAAGAAAGAAAAGGGGAGAUGAACCUCGAGCCCCACACGCCUUUCUAUCCCGAGCACGCAACCUCUCCUCCCCUCUCCAGAAAAAUACCAUCCUUCGACCUGGAUCGGCUCACGCGACCGUCGGGCCAUGUCGCCACCGACACCGACGCCUGCCAACGGCGGCAGGCUGGAUCUGGACGGCGUGCUCGUAGCGCUGCUCACCAUCUGCGUGAUCUGGGCCGACGGGUUCAUCUCCUCCCACCUCUGUGAGAAGCUCAUGGCCGAGACCCCGCACUCUGUCCUCGCUGUCGACCACCUCGUCGACCCACCCCCGCCCCACCUCGCCGGCUGCAUCUCCUUCCCCUGCCUCAACAUCAUGAACAACUCCCGCCUGGAGGGCCUCAUCAAGACGUCCGAUCUGGUUGGGUGAAGGCGUUGGUAGUACAAGGAAAGAAGUACGGCAUCAGGCUGCAGAAAUAUCUUUAAGAAAUUUGGCAAGUAGCUUGUUUUAUUGCAUAUUUGUACUAACCUCUCCAGUUACGUUUUCGCAGAUAUAAGAUAAUAUGUUAUGUAAUCAAGAAAUUCAUUUUAAAUUUGGAUUGUUCACAUGUUUACUCAAAGCAUAUAUGCUCUACUGUGUGAAGUUGUUUUUUUUUCCUUUUUAGCACCAUCUAUCUUCGAAUUAGAUUGGAUACUGUGAGAAUAUAAUGAUGACUAUUUCUUGAUGGGUACUUGCUGCAUGGUUAUGAGAAGAUACAUCUAUUUAAUGUAACAACUAUUUUUACACUGGCUGGUUUGAACUACUUGGCUAUCGUAUGUAGAACUACGUACCGAUGUGCAGAAGAUUGAUUUACAACAAGUCUCACAUAAUACAGAAGUAUCUCAAAAUGGCAAUAUGUACAUAUCCUUUCAAGGCAUCUCCAUUUC